UGAAUUAACUGUUGAUGAUAUCAGAUUACUUGUCGAACUAUUCUAUUUACCAUAUGAACACGGUGCAAAUGCACAACAGAUGUUUUGUGACUUCUAUUGGUUGAGAUACAAUUAUUCCAGACAUGGAAAAUUAGAUGAAUGGCGUUGUCGUGCAUCGUCAUUUCAUGAUCGUGUCAAAAGUAUCAAUCGUCUUGUUCAACGUUUAACAACAAUUCAUAAUCGAUGUUUACUUUAUGAUAUUUACAGUUAUAUAACCGAUAUUAGUUCAACAAUUUCUCUUUGUUCUCGAUAUCUUUAUUGGCUUGAUAAUGAAGAGAAACGUUCGAAAGUGUUUUUGUCAGGUGAUGUUGAACCAGGAUCAAAACGAGGUGGUCUUGUAGGAGAAUAUUUGAAUAUUUUACCAAGAGGUGAUUUUCAAUCGAUUCUUCAUCCCGAUGUGGAUUGUUCGUCAGAUAUAUUUUGUAUUCGACCGAUGAUAACAAAUGAUCAAAGUUGUAUGUAUGAAUUAUGUCGAAGGAUUUGCAAUGAAGAUGAAAUCGAUGAUCAACUGAAAGGAAAUUCGAAUGUUAUUGGUGAUAAAAUGAUUGGUGGUUAUUUGUUCAGUCUGUCAAAUCAUUUUCGUUUGUGUUAUUGUGUUGAAAACAGCAAAGAUGACUUCUGUGCAUUUGUAUUGACGAUGAUUGAAAGUGAAAAAUAUGAUAAAUUCAUUGAAUCAACAUGGAUUAGCCAACUUCAUCAGAAAUAUUCAACAAUCGAUCAAAAUAUCUUUGAAUCAACUGAAUAUCCUCAAUGGAUUUAUGAUCAAUAUCCUGUUCGAAUACAACUCUUUGUUGAUUUCACAAUUCUCACUCAUCAGACAUAUUUUCUUGGAAAUAAAUUAAUGAAAAUCAUCAGUGAUCAAUUGAUUCAACAAGGCUAUCGUUCUUGUCAUGCUUUAGUUGACGAACGAAAUUGUUUGUUAUAUCAAUAUUAUCUCCGACUAGGUUUUCUUCCUAUUUCAACGAUCGAACAAGAUCAUCAUGUGAUUCUCGUAGCAAAACAAUUUUAA